AUGCCUCCGAAAAUGGCACGCCAAUCACAAGUCCCACCUCAGACCCUUUCGCCCACCAACUUGGGCGCUUACGGCACGCCUUCACCGAGCCUGCCGUCAGGCUCUUCCGCCGGCGCCGCAGCCAAGCCGCCCGUCAACAUAGCUGACCUGUGGGCGCAGUUAGCAGCGGCGUCGCCAACCGGCGGAGGCCGCGAUCGCUCCUCGCCGGCCGGGGUGCCGAGACGGCCGCUCACCUUCAAAGACGAGUUCCAGGCGCAGCAUGGCGCCAAGCCCGCCAGCACGUUCUUGUACAACGUGACGGCGGAGAUUCAUGAGGGCGACAUGCCGGACCGAACGACGGCCACACACGCUUCAGUCAUGCAGCUGUGGAUCACGGCUGCCGGCAGCCUGCGUGCAGAUACCACCAUUGCGCUUAUCUACGAUUACGGCAUGGACGCCGGCACCAUCCUGAAAGCGGACCAAGAGUUCGCGCACUCAGACCGCCGCUCAGCAGGAGACCACUUCACCCUGACGCGCCUCAUGUCCACCGCCAAUCCUGCACUGGCCGACAAGAUGGAGGCCCUCUACAUUGCGCAGUUCAAGAGCCGGGGGCCGGAUGGCUACAAUGUGCUGCACAGGCCGCCUUCCGCCAGCCCAGCCUCUACGUGA